GGAGCACCUGCAGCGCGAGCUCGGGAAGAGACUCUACGGGUUGUAAGAAAAUGGCAGACAAGCCGGACAUGGGGGAAAUUGCCAGCUUUGAUGAGGCCAAGCUGAAGAAAACCGAGACGCAGGAGAAGAACACCCUGCCAACCAAAGAGACCACUGAACAGGAAAAGAGGAGUGAAAUUUCCUAAAAGCCUAGGAAGAUUUCCCCUACCCCACCCCGUCAUCUCCAAGAACCCCUCACGAUGUGGAGAAAGAGCCACCUGCAAGACGGACGCGAGCCACAAGCUGCACUGUGAACCCGGGCACUCCACGCCA